GCCAUUUUGACGCCAUUGUUGCCGGAGGUUGUGAAGCCAAAACAGGAGAGUCUUUCCGUGGAGCUAAAGCGACACAGUGCCGAAGCUCAUCUCUUCACACGGCAAAUUUGAUCCGUAGUACUGCGAACAGCCUGUGUUGCAGUGCAUCAUGUCGAAUGUUGGUAGAGCCUCACAAAGAAAGGGCAAGAGCCAGAGCUCCAUCACCAGCCGCCUCAAGGAAAUCCACAUUGAUGAAGAGCUGAAGAUAACUGUGGGGCUCGCUCUGGAGAGGUUACAGUACGGCGAAGAGACAGAGAUGGAAUUUCCCUCGUCCUUAACAAGUACCGAGAGGGCCUACAUUCACCGCAUGGCUCAGUCUCAGGGCUUAAUUUCUAAAAGCACAGGAAAACGGUCAAACCGCUUCCUUACUGUCAGGAAGAAGAACGGCUCAGAGAAACCCCGGCCCAACAUGGCACUCAAUCUCUCCCACAAAAGUCUACAUUUCAUCCGCGGCCUGCUUCAGAGGUUUCCUCUCACCAACAGAGAACAUGCAGAACUAAACUCUAGGAGUUGCAUGUCGAUGGCUACAGAGGCCAGCGACAAUGAUAUUGACAAAUACAGAGGAAGUGGCGGCCUGAAGAACAGCAUACCCAGUGUACCCCACAGGAGGCGUCCAUCAGAACUGGACAGCUUCCGACGCUCCCUGCCCGUGUUUGAACGACAAGAGGAGAUUGUCCAGCUAAUCAGAGAGAACAGGGUAGUCCUGGUGGUGGGAGAGACCGGAUCUGGUAAAACUACACAGAUUCCACAGUUCCUGCUCGAUGACUGUAGCAGGAAUGGAGAGCCCUGCAGGAUCUUCUGCACUCAGCCCAGGCGAUUGGCUGCCAUCGCUGUGGCUGAGAGAGUGGCUGCCGAGCGAGGAGAGUGCGUCGGCCAGACUGUCGGUUAUCACAUCAGACUAGAGAACAGGGUCUCCCCUAUGACGCUGCUGACUUUCUGCACCAGUGGAGUGUUUCUCAGGACCCUGAUGGCUGGAGAUGUCAGCCUCACAACUGUCACACAUGUCAUUGUGGAUGAAGUGCACGAGCGCGAUGGUCUGACUGACUUCUUGCUGACAAAAAUGCGGGAUUUGCUUCAGAAGAUCCCGACACUGAAACUGAUCCUGUCCAGUGCUGCUUUGGAUAUAGACCUGUUCAUCCAGUACUUCGGCUCCUGUCCGGUCAUCCACAUCAAAGGAAGACAGUUCGAAGUGCAGGAGCUGUUUCUGGAGGACAUCUUAAGGAUGACUGGCUUUAAAACUAAGGACAUGAAGAAGUACAAGGAAGACACACAGAGAGAAGCAAAUAAGCAGAAUAUUUUGUCAGAGUGGUGUAAAGCUGUGGAGAACAGUUCUACUGAGGAGCAGAUGACGACUGCCCUGCACUUCCAACAGGACAACAGCAACCAAGACAGAGGGGGCGGUACCUUUAACAAACCGGAUGAGAGUAGCACUGAACAGCUGGAGCCAUGGUUGAAGAAGGAAAUGGACCAGUGUAUUUCCAACAUCUUCCUCAGUGAAGACCAGGAUGCAUUCACUCAGAUCUUCAACCUCAUCCUCCAUGAAAAUGUUAAUGUGGACUACACCCACAGUGUGACAGGAACCACAGCUCUGAUGGUGGCAGCAGGUCAAGGGUUCCUCCCACAGAUGCAGCAGCUGCUCAGUUUGGGGGCCGAUAUCAACAUAAAAGCAUCCAAUGGAUGGACUGCUUUAGACUUUGCUAAACACUUUGACCAAACGGAUGCCAUAGACCUACUCAAGUCCUCCAUGCCCCUGGUGAAGGACAGUAGGCUGGACGAGGUGGCCCUGGUGCAGGACGCCAGUGGAGAGACAAACACUGAAGACAAUGAGCUGCUCAAACUGUACCACCACAGCUUUGAUGAUGAGUAUGUUGACCUGGAUCUCAUCAUGGACCUGCUGCACAACAUCUGCUCCACCACUACUGAAGGUGCCAUUCUGGUUUUUCUUCCUGGAUAUGAUGAAAUAGUGUCACUCAGGCACCUUAUCCUGUAUGAUGACAAAAGAUUCUCCAUCCACACUGAAAGGUACCAGGUGUUCACUCUACAUUCAGACAUGCAGACGAUAGAUCAGAAGAAAGCCAUGAAGACAUCUCCACCCGGUGUGAGGAAGAUAAUUCUUUCUACCAACAUCGCUGAGACGAGUAUCACCAUUAACGAUGUUGUCUUCGUCAUCGACUCGGGGAAGGUCAAAGAGAAGUCCUACGACACUCUGAGCCACGCGUCAAUGUUGAAGACAGUUUGGGUCUCAAAGGCCAGUGCUUUACAAAGAAAAGGAAGAGCUGGACGCUGCAGACCAGGAAUUUGCUUCCAUCUUUUCAGUCGACUCAGGUUUAACAACAUGCUGGAGUUUCAGGUUCCACAGCUGCUGCGGAUGGCACUGCAGGAGCUGUGUCUGCAGACCAAACUGUUGGCUCCCACCUCAUGUACAGUGGCUGAGUUUCUGUCCAAAGCUCCACAGCCUCCAUCUGCUCAUGCAAUCAAAAACGCAGUGCAGAGGCUGAAGGCCAUUGAUGCUAUGGACCAGGAUGAAAAUCUGACUGAUCUGGGCUACCAUCUGGCUGACCUGCCUUUAGAACCCCAUUUAGGCAAGAUGGUGUUAUGUGCUGUGGUGCUCAAGUGUCUGGACCCCAUACUGACCAUCGCCUGCAUCCUGGCCUACCGCGACCCUUUUAUUCUACCGGCACAGGGCUCUCACAAGCAAGCUGCUUUAAAGUGCCGAAAAGCCUUCACCUCCAACUCCUUCAGUGACCACAUGGGCCUGCUCAGAGCCUUUCAGGCAUGGCAGAGAGCUUGCUCUGAAGGCUGGGAACGGGCUUUCUGUGAAGAGAAUUUCCUUUCUCAGGCCACCAUGGAUAUGAUACUGGGCAUGAGGACUCAGCUGAUGGGGCAGCUCCGUGCCCUCGGCUUUGUACGGACCCGUGGUGCCAGUGAUAUACGUGAUGUGAACGUGAACUCUGAGAACUGGGCUGUGGUGAAGGCAGCCCUGGUGGCUGGUAUGUACCCAAACCUGGUCCAUAUCGAUAAGUCCUCUGUUCUGUCCAGUGACAAAGAGAAGAAGGUCCACUUCCACCCCACUUCUAUCCUGAGCCAGAUACAUUUGAAGGAGGUCAGCCCAGCCACGGCAGCUCAGGCCCUUCCCACAGACUGGCUCCUCUAUGACGAGAUGAGACGAGGCCACAGGAUGGCCAGUGUGCGGUGCUGCUCUUUGGUCACUCAUAUCACUGUAGCAAUAUUUUCAGGAGGCGUUAAACUACCCAGUUCUGCCCUGAACCCUGCUGCUCAAAGAGUGUCUCCUUCAUGCAGUCAGCUGAAUGAUGACAGUGAUGGGGAGGCAGAGGACCUGUCUGAGUUGCAGAUUGAUCAGUGGAUUGUCUUUGCGAUGGACAGACAGGCAGCAGAAAAUGUGUUUGAGCUGAAGCAGAAAUGGCAAAAUCUGUUCAACAAGAAGAUCAGAUGUCCUUCAAAACCCCGGUCUGAAGAAGAAGACGAGGCCCUCAUCAACACGUUGGUUUCUGUGCUCAUGGCAGAGGAACAGGAGGCAGGUCUGCAUCAGCCCACAGGCAUCGGGCGGCGACCCCGGCUCGAGCCCCUGUCCGGGGCAUCACAGGAGGGGCCCCACACUCACACUUCUAUGAAGAACCACAAGAAGAACCCCCAACUGUCCUCUUGGAACAUGAAGGACAGACCUGGUAGUGCAUCCAAGCUCAAAGGCCACGGCAGAGACAAGGCCUCUCGGGGCCUGAACCAGACCUCUGAUGACCCUCUGUCCUCCAGUAACUCCUCCUCUUCUAUGAGCUUCGGCAGCCCCUCCCACAGCCCCUGCACCUCCUCUGCAAAGAUUCCACUGGCCCUCGCACCCAAUUCAAUUCAGUUUUUCGUCAUGAAGAGCAGCAACCUGAGAAACAUCGAGAUCUCUCAACAGAAAGGUAUCUGGUCCACAACACCAGGUAACGAGGCCGUGCUCAGCAAAGCCUUCAUGGAGAACAAGCUCAUCAUCCUCUUCUUCUCUGCUGAGGGCUCUGGACACUUCCAGGGUUUUGCACGAAUGACGUCACCCAUCAGCAGGGACAGCUGUCAGAACUGGGGACUCCAAGGACCGGGAAGUGUCUUCAGCAUCGAGUGGAUCCACAAGAAGUCUAUACCCUUCCAGCAGACCCAGCACAUCCUCAACCCCUGGAACGACAACAAGAAGGUCCAGAUCAGCAGGGACGGACAGGAGCUGGAGACACGGGCCGGCGGCCAACUGCUCCAGCUGUGGACCAGACACCUGGACUGACCACACCCCUGGACUGACCACACCCCUGGACAGACCGCACACCUGGACUGACCACACCCCUGGACUGACCACACAUCUACUGUGAUUCGACCAAACUACAUCACACUACCUGUUUUUGCACCCGACUGCAGAGGUGUUUUCCACAGUGUUCUUAUUUGACCUCUGACAGUCCAAAGCGCUGCUCUACCAGUUGAGGCACCGUGUGCUGGAGGAGCUGAUACUGGUUUUUAUGUUCAUGAUGCUGAACGUUCAAUGUUUACUUAUCAAAUUAUUUUCUGAAAUUACUUGACGUGAUAAACUGGAUGUUAAACACAUUUGUCAUCUGAUAUUAUUGCAAAUAACUGUACUGAAGCAUUUUUAAGAAUGUUUUUGUUAAAUUAUACACUUGAUUCUAGUUCAUCCUUGCAGCUGUUUUAAUUCUUUUCAUUACAUACAGACAGUAUGAUUUGGCAGAGUUGAUGUUUAACUUAUGUUGUAUGUAUGUUAAUUUGCCAUAAACAGUAUAAACAGUG